GAAGAAUAUCCCAGCGUGCACCGCUGCCGCUGUGUCCGACAUUACCAAACCAAUGUUACCGGACCGAUCCGACUGUGUUCGGCAGUGAAGCAGACUCGGACACUGUGUAGCCUCCCCCCCGCUGCAGGAUGAGCUCCCUGCGGACCCUCCUCACCUCCUCUGCGCUGAUCGCUGUGAUGGGGCUCGGCUAUGGGAUGUGGUCUAUUAUCGCUCCGGGAGAGGACAGGCGGAGAGAGAUCAUCAGGCAUCUGCCUGAAUCGAACCCGGUGAGGAUGGAGGAGACGAGGAAGAGGAACGCUCUGGUGAUGGAGGCACUCAAGGAGGCAGCUGAAACCAACGAAAAUAUCGUAAGAAGGUUCGGAGGAUCGAAAUAGACAUACCUGGCUCCGUGUUUUGAAUGCUGCUGGUAUGCCGGGCCACUUCAGAUAAACAUGAACUUUAUAUUGUACUGGACCUUUAAUGUCUUCAUUGUUAGUGACAACAAUUUACAGAUGGAUGUUAAAAUUGUUUAUUAAAACUCUCCCAACACAACCGCAUCUUUUCAGUCUUGUUCAAAGCUUAGUGAUGACCAAGACUGGUAAUGAUCAGGGUUCUAGCAUUUACGUCUGAUGAUGUUAUAUUUUCAUGAACAAACGCAUGAAAAGACCAAAACAAACAAUGACUGUAUCCCACUAACAAGUAUCCAAAGCCUGACAUAUCUUACUCCUCUGUUCCAUACAGCCCCAAAACACUUCAGUGAGCCUCACUGGGGAAAUACUGUACGUUUGGUGUGUGCCUUGCAGGGUAGUGUGUGUGUGUGUGUGUGUGUGUGUGUGGUUAAAUAAGAGUCAAAUUGUAAGGCACGGCUUUCUUUAUAUUUCUUUAUAGAUAUUUAUAAAUGCCGUCCAUUUCUUCAUUACUGUGAACGCAACCACUGUAGAUUAUUUUGACUCAAUCCCACAUGCGCCAUCCCGCUGCCACAGAGUACACAAAAUGUUUAUUAUUCUGCUCCUGUUGGAUUAAAAACCACAGCACCCAGCUUCUAGGAAAAAAAAAAAAAUAGAAGGACAUAUUUGUGAGAAGUAACAAGGAUUUAUGUCUCCAGUUGGACAGGCUUGCAGCUGAGAGCCACAGACAGAAGGGACGUCAGGAAGUGUUGAUAGACUGACACAUUGUUGGUUCUGGUAUUUUCGUGGGAUUUGCUGGCAGCAACUAAAUAUCUAGAAGAACACCAGACAUAUCCUUCAAGUACUCUAUGGAUACUGGUGCAAACACUGGAUCCAGUUUUCUGAUCACUGACUGAUAUAUUCAACUGAAUAUAUAUUUAUAUAUAUAUAUAUAUAUAUAUAAAAUAUAUUGGUAGUGACAAACAGAAGAAUGUGCUCUCAUUUUGAAGACAAAUCCAUAAAUCCACUGGAUAAUGCUGUAUAUAUUGAGGUAUAUACUGUAAAUAAAGGCUCUGGUCUCUGUACAUGAAAAGCUGAUAUGAGUUUGGAGGUUUGGUAAUUGAUCUAAAGCUGUUUUUACACUGUCUUUAUCUUGGCCGGUUGAUGAAGUGACCUAUACUCUGGAGAUGGAACCAAAUGUUACACGUAAUAUGUGGUGACGUUUACUCACAUGGAAUAUUAAAGGGGUAAUUCCAACCUUGGAUCCUCUUUAACUAAUGCAUGUAUAUAUCCAAUCAAGAAUGACUGUGAUGAAGUGUUGCUAUUGAUGCUGUUAACGGUGUAUCCUUGAGCUGACUGCUAAAUCUCCCACAUUUCUCAGAGUGACUUUAAACAACCUUGGAAGAACUGGUGUGAAAUUGUUCACUGUCUGUGACUAGAAUAAAGUUAGAUUCCUUCUGGA